GAUAGAUAGAUAGAUAGAUAGAUAGAUAGAUAGAUAGAUAGAUAGAUAGAUAGAUAGAUAGAUAGAUAGAUAGAUAGAUAGAGAGAGAAAGAUAGAGAUAGAUAAGUACUUAGAGUGGAUGAAGAAAUCAGAAAGGGAGGGAGAGAGCAAAGCAAACAAGGAGAGAUCAAGAAAGCAACAGAGAGAGAGAGAGAGAGAGAGAGAGAGAGAGAGAGAGAGAGAGAGAGAGAGAGAGAGAGAGAGAGAGAGAGAGAGAGAGCUCCAUUCUCAAACCUCCACAUUGCCAUACACAGUGGACUAACCCUGGAAACACUAAGCGGAGGAGUGGUCAGGGAGCCAUGACAGGAGGUUUGUUCCUGACACUGUCCACCCUGUUACUGGUCCAGGCUGUCUUCUCCUGCCCGAAGGAGUGCUGGUGUGACAGUCAUGCCAAAGUGGUGGAUUGCAGAGGACGAGGAUUAUAUGAAAUUCCGCACAAGCUUCAUCCAGACACUCUGGAGCUACACCUUCAGGACAACCACAUACGAGGCAUCGGUUCCAUGUCUUUCCGGGAAACGCCGUACCUGCGAGUUCUGGAUCUGGCCAACAACAGCAUCACUAUGAUUUCUCCCAGUGCCCUUCUAGGGCUUAGGACCUUAAAGACUCUGAUCCUGGCCAACAACUCUAUCCGGGAAGUGGAUCGCCGGUUAUUGGGCUCGAUACGCAAUCUAACCCACUUGGACCUGUCUCAUAACUACAUAGCAGGGCUGCCAGGAGCACUAGCUGAUAGUUUCCACCAUCUAACCCACUUUUCAUUGCACUAUAACCGGCUGACAAAGCUGGAUCGCAUUCAUCUGGAUGCCCUUGGGAGCCUACAGGUGCUGCACCUGACGAAUAAUCCCUGGAAGUGCGAUUGUCACAUGAUAGGGCUUAAGCUAUGGUUGGAAACGUUCACUUUUAAAGGUGGCGUGGUGGACGGAGUUCCGUGCCAUGAGCCGCACUCAAUGCGUGACCGUGACCUCCGCCACGUUCCCUAUGAGCUCUUCCACACCUGCAUGAGCACCAGCUACAGUUAUUUGUUUGCCAACAUUCAGCACAUGGAGAAACAGCAGCGGUUGCUUCGAGGUGUCCCGUACCCGAGCCUGGAUGCUCCGGUUGAUCAGGAACCGGAGUGCGAACCCAAGCAGAAAGCACGACCCAUUAACCUGCGCCACGCCAUAGCUACAGUGAUCAUCACUGGCAUUGUGUGUGGAAUUGUGUUACUCAUGAUGGUGGCUGCUGCUGUGUACGGGUGUGCAUAUGCUGCUAUCAUGGCGAAAUACCAGCGAGAGCUAAAGAAGCAGGAAGAGGAGGCUGGAAGGAUAGAGAAAGAGAAAACGGACAAAGGCGGGGGGAAAGAGCUGCUGGAAAAUGCCAUAGCAUGAAAAGGAGUAUUAUGGCACAGAGAGAAAGAAAGAGAGAGAGAGAGAGAGAGAGAGAGAGAGAGAGAGAGAGAGAGAGAGAGAGAGAGAGAGAGAGAGAGAGAGAACAAGAUAGAAAGAGAUGCAAUAAUACUCAUACCUCACCCAGGGAUAUUACAUAGCCAAGCCUCUUGCAUGGCAAACUCUUUAAAAAUUGUAAGAUAGAGCUAUACACAUGCUUGGGGAUCUUGUUCAUGCAUAGAGUUUAUCACAACUAUUGCGAUAUCUUCUCAGACGAAACUUGAUUUCUUCUUUGUCCUCUAUUGUAUCACUCAUUCCAUACACUGUCCUCUCUAAAGAAGAAGUCGAACAGUAGAGAAGAGACGUGUUCUGUAAUGCAGUAUAGCCACAGUACAGUCUAAAAUGUAGAUGAUAUUGGCAUCCUUAAUAAAAAUGAAAAAAAAAAAAAGAGAAACACGUUAAAUCUUCCGUUCACACUAACAGAGAAACUAACUACCUCUAACUACAAUCAGUCUCAUCCCCAUCUCAUAAAAAUACUGAAAUAAUAAUUUAAGUAAAUGCAAAUAAAAUCUAAAACAUAGUUUUGUUUUGUUUUUCAUUUGCAAGUCUAGGAAAUCUAUUGAUGGCACUGAAGACUCUCUGGGAAAUCGACUAAUGUACAGUAUAUCACUGAAUCCCAUUUUGUAUAAUAAUGAGGUUGCAAAAUCUCCCUGCUAUUCAUUAGCAUGUGGGAAAAAAGAAAAAAACAAGGGAAUAAAAAACAAAAAUAAAUAAAUAAAUAAAUAAUAGAAAAUCUGCCAAUAAUUGGCUACAUUUUGCCUGCCUACACUGCGAGGAGGAUGAUAAAGUAGAAAAAAAAAGAACAAAGAACAGUAGCACAGUUUCUUCCAUUCCUCAGAUCUUUUCUCAUUCCAUUCUUGUCACGUUUUGAAAACCGCUGUUAUACCCCACCUCGAUUCACCGGCGAUAUCGCCUUAGAAGCCUUUCCUGAGAGCACUUCAAGCUAACGCAUCACCAGAAAUUGAUAGAGGUUCAGUGGAACUACAGCUGAAACUGAGCUAUGUAGAUAGAUGAGGGCAAAAUCAAAGCAUGUACCUGUGUAUGUCUUCCUGAAGGAGACCAUACACAAUAAUCCCUAAAAGCCUCUUGCUAGGAAAUGAAGACAGCACCGUAAACAGCUCUUUCAUAAAUCACUGGCAUCAAACAUACAUCCAAAUCAACUGAGACAUAGUCAUGGUGUACAGCAUCAGUGUAUUAGCAGCAAUUAUCUCUGCCUCCAGAUUGUAAACUUGAUGGAUUUGUUUUAGGAUCGUAGUUCAAAAGCGCAAAUCUAUGAAUACAAGGAGUCUAAGUGUCUCCAACUAUGACAAACACUAAGGUAAUACAGUAGUGUGUGUGUGGAGUUUACAUAUUUGAUAUUUGAUAUGCGUUUGAUAUCGCCAGGGUAUACCCUGUCCUGUGCCCCGAGCCUGCUGGUAAUGGGUAGAUAACAAUAAUAAUUUUACAUUUUAUAUAACCGCACGUUAUAUAUACUUGCUCAUUUUUAUAAAGAGUGCCAAUAAUUACAGUCUUUACCCGAGCUUCAGAGAUACAAUAAGGCCAAAGAUACCAGAUACAUAUCAACAAGCUCUAGCUAUAUAACUGGGGUAUUAUUUUGUCUAAUGCAAGUGUGUUUAAUGACAAUAUGGACAAUAUAGAUCUCGACUAUUAUAGAGGUUUUGUGUUUAGGGUUCAGUUGGACUGUUUCUCUUCAGGUGAAGUUGGCAGCUUCUACUAUGCAUAUGUCCUUGUUUUUGUGCAUGUCUGUGCUGUACUAUAAUUCAUCAAUGUUUCUAUCUCAUCUAACUCAACCUUUGACUAAUUUAGAUAAGAUAAGAGUUUAGUGUUUAAAACGAUUUGCAGUUUGCACAAAAAAAACAACCCUCAGAAAGAGGGAGAUGGCACACACACUCAAAAUAUGGAUGUGGAAGGGGGUGUGAAGGGCAUGGGGCUCUUAUAUAACACACACACACACUGCACACACACAUCUUCACAUGUACACACAAUCACAUCAGACAUGUUUUUAAGGGGGGAAAAAACAUAGGCCUACAAGAAAGAUUUGCUGCCACACACACACACACACACAUGCUUUAGUUGCCCUGGGAGAGUGAUGUCAUCAGCUUGUCGGGUUGUGUUAGUGCUUGUGAGGCGAAAGCUAUUGGGGUGGUCUAUAAACUCAAGCUACGUCUGGCUGGUUUGUGUGUGUGUGUGUGUGUGUGUGUGUGUGUGUGUGUGUGUGUGUGUGUGUGUGUGUGUGUGUGUGUGUGUGUGUGU